AGUUCUUCACCCAGACAGAAGCUUGCCUAAGGUCACAAUUUGUAUAGAACGUGUGCACACGUAGUGGUUUCCUUUACAUUAGGUACCCAAACAAAAGCUUUUCAUAGUCGUGUGCAGAAAAAUAUCGUCCAAGGACAUGUUUAGGCCUAGAGGUGUGGAAAUGGGGACAAAUAUCAGCGCUAGACAUUAACCUUUUAUUAUACUCUUUGUCACCAAGCUUUAUUUCACAGAUUAGCGUGUCCCAUAUAUUUCAUUCAUUAUGACUGAGCAAGAAUAGAGAGAUCUCGGGUUCCAUGGCCGAGCGGAGGGAGAGUGAGGUGUGGUCAGCCCCUGGAGUCUCUGCUGGCCCUGAGAGCGACUUCUCAAGGCCUCGCCCAGAGGCUAAAGUGCUUCCCAAAAGAUUCCUCUGCAUUUGUGUUUCUAGGACACUUGAGAUUUGUCCAUGAUGGUUGCAAUAGCACACGACUCAUAAAUGUAAAUGAUUGAAAUGAAGACACUUUGUCAUACAAUUUGUCAUGAAUAACCGGCUGUGAAAAUGAAUUGGGUCAUCAAUUGAGUCCACAUCAGCAGUUGUCCCAAAUGGAUCACUUUAUGGUUUAUGGUGCCUUAUCCUUACAUCAGCCCAGUCUCUGAAACCUGAGGAUGGAGAAGGGAAGGGCUGAGAACAACCAAUCCUUAUCUUCCUUAUCAUUGUGCAGAACAUGUUGUUGAGUGCCAGCAAGGUUUUAAGAGAAAAAAGCCCUAUUUAUUCCGUGUCUGGCACAUCAGCGUAUCGCAUCUAGGCCCGCGCCUACUCUGUUUACAGGCCCGCAGGGGAAAAGUCAUAUUGCGAAAAAGUAUUUUUAGGCAAGGCUUAUAAAUUGAUCAGAGUGCUGGAUAUAUGGUUUACUUUGUGAACAAUUCAUCCAGAUGACGGCUCUAGACUUCUCAGAAAUCAUGAUAAAGGUAUUUUUAGGCUUGCUGGCAUCCUCAGCCCUGUCAAAAGGAAUGUUCAUAAAUAACAAAACAGAUAAUUGGAAUUUUACACCUCCUCCACCUGGCUCACAUGACAGACCCAUUCCCCCUGAAUACUGGGAUGCUAGCGGUUAUCCUCCACUGCCUGACAACCACUUGCCACAACAUGACUACAACAUGACGGAUGGUGGCCCUCCACAAACACGCACGCAUAUACCAUAUGAGACACCCAAUGGGAUACCUGUUCCAACAAAGAACUACCCUAUGCUACCAAAGGGUUAUCUCUUGCCACCAAAUAGUGGAGAUAAUUCCCAAGGGUCCCGCAUGUUCGAAAUGCCAGACUUGACAUAUUGCAAUAUGAUCCUGGAAGCACCGGUGCCCCCAACUGCAGAUCAAGUACCUUGGUUCUGCACCUGCUCUUUGUGCAAAGGCGCUAGCAGUGCCCCAAAGGGUGAAAGAGGAGACAGAGGCUUACCAGGUGCACCUGGAAGUCCAGGAAGUAGAGGUAUAAGUGGUCCCCGAGGUCAGCCAGGUUUUACAGGUCAACAAGGACUUAAGGGUCAGAAAGGUGAUGAAGGUAUGAAAGGGAAUGAGGGUCCAUUGGGCCCAAUGGGAAUAAUAGGAGAGCGUGGAUUCAAGGGCGAUAAAGGAGACAUGGGUAUGGGAGGGACGCCAGGGGACCAAGGACCUCCUGGACCACCCGGGGAUUGCCCUCCAAUGUGCGCUUCUGUAAAUGGACCUCCAGGAGAAGUUGGAUUACCAGGAGCAGUUGGGCCUAGAGGCCUGCCAGGAGGCUCAGGAGAACCUGGGGUGAAAGGCGAGAAGGGAGAUCAGGGUGAAAUGGGUAAGCCUGGAGUUCCAGGCCUUAAUGGGCUGAAAGGAGAUCAAGGUGAGCAAGGUGUGUGCAAUUGCAAGGACGGGGCCAAAGGUGCAGAUGGAAUUACUGGGCCUCCUGGUGCAAAGGGUGAAAAAGGGAAUGAUGGUUCUCAUGGGCUUGAAGGGGUAAGUGGUCCUAAAGGUGAAAAAGGAGAACUAGGAGUGACAGGUCUUCCUGGCCCCUGCUCUCCUGCCAUCCAAUCAGGGUUUUCAGCAAGACUGGCUAUCAGUACCCCAAGUCCAGACAGACCUGUGCCCUUCAGCAUAAUCAUUUACAACAUACAGUUUCACUACAACUCCAUUAGCGGUGUCUACAGGGCUCCUGUCAAUGGCACAUAUAGCUUCAGCUACAAUUUGUGUGUCUUCAACAAAGUGCUCAAAGUGGGGCUGUUCCACAAUUUUGCCCCGAUCGUGAAAAGCACCGGGCCAGUAAACUUCGGUAUGGUCUCUCAGGAGGUGGUUCUGCACCUGAACAUGGGUGACGAAGUGUGGAUCCAGGUAAAGGACAUAAACAGUAAUGGUAUGUGUGUCAACAGUGAGAGCAGUAGCACCUUCUCUGGCUUCCUGCUUUACCCAGACAGCUGUGACAUACCCCUUUCCCGAGACAUACCUGACCCUAUCAUUGGCACAUACAGCUGGGGUACACUGGAAGCACCAGAAAACCCAUAAACAUAAUUGUUGUUCAAAUGCAAAAUUUCACACAUGACAACAAAGCUCUGUAGUAUCUAUAUUGAUACUUCUCUUCUCUGCUUUGACUACUUUUCCUACAUAACGUCAAAACUUCAGGUAUAGUAGUUGAUUUUGAACGAUCAUUUAUGAGAGGUUUUGACACUUUGUCACCUAUAUGGGUUUUGGGUUUUGACACUAUAGUCACCUAUAUAGCCAGAGACAUCAGGGUCUGAUCCACUUCUGAAAGAAUGGUAACUGAAUGAAAUAUGAAACAUGAAAAUAAAACUUGACUGAUAUAGAUAAAAUAAUGCUCUGUAAUUAGCCCCACUUCUAAGAUAUUUCUUAGGCCUCUAACUGACUGAAUUUAAGGGAUUUAAGAUUAAAUAUUGUGACUCAGUUUCAGGAUUGAGGUGUUCUUCUUUGUAUUCGAAAAAUAAUAAGGCUCAGAUACUUGUUCAGUGGAUCUGAUUUCAUUUCUAUUUCAUGGAAAUUGAUUCUACAUCAUAAGCAUGAACAAUUACACAAUGGACCAGAGAUUGUAUGUAUUGGAAAUUGAAAAGCUAAUUUGGUUUUGUAUGUGUAUGUGACCCUGUUAUGUUGUCUGACUUUACAAAACUUUAUCUUAAGCUUAUCAAAGUGUAUUUCUUGGUGAUCUUCCAUUCAUGCUGAAAAAGUGUGGUCUGACAUGUUACUAGCUGCCAAAUCACAGUCUGAGCUGGUCAAACUGGUUAAACUGAGGUUAUUUUCCAGCUUUGUUAUUACUUGAAUAAAUCAAUCAAUAAAUGUGUGAGAUUUUCUAAUUGCCUCACUAUUGUGAUAUUUUCUUAAUAAUAAUUAUUAGCAUUUGUAGCAAUAAUUCAGAAAUGGCUACCGACUAGCAAAGAUGGUCUAUCAGUUUGACCAGCUCAGCUUGUGUUUUGCCAGCUGGUAGAUGGAUGUUUCAGCAGGGAUGACUUUGACUCUGGUACAUUCUCCUUCUUAAAGACUUUCGUAAGUUAAGUGAUCUGCAUGGUUGUGCCAAGGACCUGGACAAAAACUUUCUGGAAGGCAAAGUAGGUUCCUUACAAAAUAUAUGUCUCUUCAGUUACAGAUCUUUCUUUUGUUUUCAAUUCACUUAUAUUUUGGGGAAGUGUUCUGUCCUUAUCUAUUACUUAAAACAUUUAAAUGUAAUUCUGUAAAUAGUCAUACUUCUUCUACAAAAAACAGGUAGACAGUAAACUAUAAGAAAACAGAUGUUAAGGCACCAUUCAGGUUAUGAAGAAUAAUCAUAGUUAUGUUACUGUUCUGUUGAUUUAUAUUAUGUAAAUUCUAGAUGUAUAGCAUCUAAAAAUGGUAAUGGUCAAACCUGAAAUAUGUUAAAAUGCACAAGGAUGUGAUCAAGGCUGAAUUUGGUAAAACCAGAUCAUAUAAAAAUAAUAAAAAUUAU